CGUGUCUAGGAGCACAGAGCCUACCAACCGUCUAACGACACGGUGUUGACUCUGCGUCUGGCAUUCUUAUUGAUAUCGGUUGCAUUUCUCUUGCAAACUCGGUCCAACCAGGAUUACUUUUGCGCAAUGUAUCGAGAUCAACCCAGGCUGCGAGGCGGCGGCGAUGAUGCGGAAGACGAUGAGAUGGACUGUGCCAGCUCGCCCAUUCGCCAUCAACAGGGAAAACGCUUUAGAACACCAAGCCCCAGGCGUAACAACAACAACAUGGACACCGCCAUGACCGAUGGCGAACAGCAGUGGCCAGUACAGCCUCCUGGAGCCCCGAGAUGGCAUCGAGAUGAGAACGACUUUCGGAAUAGGCCAACCCGGACGUUAGCGGCUGGCGUCGCGGGCCCGACUAACCCUCAUGUGGAGGUCAAUCAUGGUUCUGGGAGUGGCACACCGGACACCGGACUGGGACAAACAUAUUGUCUCUUCCACUCAAACUACUCCGCGUCGGCGCGCUCCCAAUGUCGACUGGUACCGAACAGUAGCCUUGAAGAGAUGUACAACUGCGGUAGCCAAGUUCAAGAGCCUGCCCCACCGACAAGGGUCGACGCAACCGCAGACACGAUGUCGAUGCAUUCUCAGACGGGCAGGGACGAGCGAGAUGUACAGAUGUGGGACGAUGAUUGGAGUCAACCUACGAUGCUGAGUCCUUUGACGUCGCCCGGCGUACAGGUGGGAAAGCGGAAAGCAUCACCGGAAGCAGAACUGCCUGAGAAGAAGAGGUCAAAGGACGAGGGUCCGAAAGGUGGGCCGGAAGGUGGACAGGGCUAUCUCUGACCGCAAGGCUAGCACCAGGCAUUCAUACAUACCUAUAUUCAUGACAGCGCAGAUGGCAGGGAGC